AGUGUAAAACCAGAGUUCUAACGCCCGUUCCCGUCACAUCGAUCCCAGCUGCCUGUGUGCUCACUGCCCGCUGAUAAAUGGUUGGGCAACUGAGACUGACAAACAUUGAGGCAGAACACUGUUUGCCCAGUGUGGUGGACAGGAGUGCUGCUGAAACAUGACUGCUGAUUGGUCAGUGAAGGCAGAGUGUCCCAAAGGAGAGACGGGGUCUUGCUCAAUGUCACCUGAGCCGCUCGGGUCCGUGGACGUUAUAGAACCAAUGCCACGUCUGAAACUAAAAGUCUUCACUCUCUCUCUCUCUCUCCGUGGCGGCCGUGGUUGCGGGUUCGAUUUUUUAUUUUUAUUUUUUUUGCGUAUUACAUCUGAGUUUGAGUUUUACAGCAGACAGCCUCGCUGCCAAGACCAGCUCAAACCAGCUGAAAAUAAGUCGUCAGUGGGAAGGUGGCAGCUGGAGCAGAGACACACACUGUGCAGCCCAGUGGGACCACAGAUGAAACAGCCUGACAACAGGCAGUUCUCUCUGUUUGUCCAUCCAGCCGGCCAGCCAAAUAUCAUGGCUGAUCGCCCACCAAACCCUGGCUGCAGAGGCUGAUUCUCUGACCUGCAUGUUGAUGGGAAAGCAAAUGCUUCACUUGAUGUUGGGCAGACUGGAGACACUCACACUUUCACUAAGAAAAUGUUUGUUUAAAACCCAACGAAAAAAACCCCUGGGUUCUGAGGUUUGGAGAAAUAACUCCAAAUAAACAUUUUAACACCGGUUUCUGUUCCUGUUCUGACGAGCAACAACUUUUUUUUUCUGCAUCUUUCAGUGAACUUUUGCUGUUUUUAUAUUUCUUAUGUAAUGCCUUGGAGACGUGUUGCUCAAAACACCUCUGAGAUUUAUGCUCUGCGAAUCUGGUGAAACAAUAUUUGAUAAAAAUAUUUAAUAAUAAACUUUGACACAUUCUUCCACUCGUCAUCUGCAGUUUCAACAUUUCCAGCGUCUUGGGAACUGGAGCCAAUCAGCAGCAGCCAGUCGAAUGAGGGCGGGGUCACACACCUACAUACUGUAUAAAGACACUUUCGUCUGCAGAAAAAAGAAACAUGAGCACAUGUGCAAGUUGUAUAAAAUUAUUGUUUUUUUUUUAAAUUUAUUUACAAUGUAUAAUUAUGUGUAGGCGACUAAAUUUCUGCACAGAUUUUCACCUGUUUUUGUCUUUAUCGUGUUCCUUUCAGUCGUGUCCAACACAGAUCUCGGCCCUUGUGUCCAGAAAGACUAAAUUUACCGAAUUUCUGAAAUGGCCAUUAGGUGCUUUCACAUGCGGGUUGUCAUCGUAACCAUGGAGGACGAGUGCGGGCGACCGGCUCACUGAUACAUCGUUGUUGACCUGCACUAAUUGUGUGAAGCCAAUUGAAUGCAUUUGGCCUCCGAUGGUUGAGUGACCUAGCUUCGAGAACGUGGCUCUGGUCAACAGGUUGAAUGGUUGUUUGCCUUACAGAGAGCACGGAUUCUUCGCUCCAGUAAACGCUGGUGUCACCGGGAAAUGUUAGAGUGAGCAAUUACAGAUAAGGCGGCCGCGGGGCUGCGACCGCCGUCCGGGGGGCAGAGUGGCCGCCGCAUGGAAAACAGCAGUUGGCGGUUGAUCUCGCAGCGGCCGUGUUGUCCUACAGAGGCUGCACAGGAUUUUCUACGAUGGUUCAGACUCCGGGAACACGGAGAAGUCCUGGAGCUGCGCUGAGAAAUCACGGUGGAGAAUGUCCAGCUGCUGGACAGAGUCUCUGUCAGGAGGAGCAGGGUGGGGACCCUGUACCUGACAGCCACACACUUCAUCUUUGUGGAGAACGAGGCCGGGGUGAGGAGUGAAACAUGGGUGAGUACCAGCACUCACCGACCAAAGAUAUGAGCAUCGAUUUCUUAAAGCCAAUUAUUUUGUAGAAAUUCAGUGUAUUCUAUUUUGAAAUCAGCUCUGUCCUCGUGUACUGAACGAGAAAGAAGAAGAAAUGAAAGAGAAACAACAGGAAGAGUUGUAACACAUGUUGUCACUGGUAUCUGAAGUCAGUCCUGGUUGUGUGUCGCAAUCUGUCUUAGUAAAAGAAGAACCGGAAAUAGUCACAUGCAGUGGGGUUAUUCUGGCGCUUUUAUUUUGAAAGUCCAACGAUGCCCUGCUGUCUGACUCUGACAUCAGUGAGAUUUCCUAACUUGGUCAGAACAGUUUCCUGUGAUGAAGCUCUGGCUUUUUGUUUUAAAUGUCACUGCACUACAGAGCCUCGACGUUGCUCUUCUCUUCUUCUUCUUCUUCUGCCCCCUGCUGCUCCACAGGUGCUCUACAGUUUGGUGUGCAGUUUGGAGAAACAGGCCGCCACGGCCUCCGGCUACAGUCUGAUCAUUCGCUGUAAGAACUUCCAGGUUCUUCACUUUGUUCUCCCCCGGGAGCAGGAGUGUCAGGACGUGCAUCUGUCCCUGCAGCGUCUCUCUCAGCCAGAGAGUUUCGCCGAGCUGUACUGCUUCUCCUAUAAGCCCAACGUUGACGAGGAGGAGCGGCGGCAGGAGUGGGACUUCUUGGAGGUCAAGGCCGACUACAGUAGAAUGGGACUUCCAAACUCCAUGUGGAAACUCUCCUCCAUAAAUCAACACUACGAGGUUAGUGAGACUUACCCCACCGACCUCUUCGUCCCUGACUCUGCCACACCACCAGUCAUCAAGGGCAGCUCCAGGUUCAGGAGCAGGGGCAGAUUUCCCACACUGUCGUACUACUGCAGAGAAAACCACGCUGCCAUCUGCCGCAGCAGCCAGCCCCUGUCGGGUUUCAGCGCCCGCUGCCUGGAGGAUGAGCAGAUGCUAGAGGCCAUCAUGAGGUCCAAUCCCCACAGUGACUUCAUGUAUGUGGUGGACACCAGGCCCAAGCUGAAUGCAAUCGCCAACCGAGCUGCAGGAAAAGGCUACGAAAAUGAAGAUAAUUACUCCAACAUAAAGUUCCAGUUCAUCGGCAUCGAGAACAUCCACGUCAUGAGGAACAGCCUGCAGAAACUGCUGGAAGUGUGUGAGCUGCGUUCCCCCUCCAUGUCCGACUUCCUGGAGGGUCUGGAGAGCUCCGGUUGGCUGAAGCACAUCAAAGCUGUUCUGGAUGCAGGCAUCUUCGUGGCCAAGGCAGUUGCAGAGGAGGGUGUCAGUGUCCUGGUUCACUGUUCAGAUGGAUGGGAUCGAACAGCUCAAGUGUGUUCAGUGGCCUGUGUGCUUCUGGAUCCGUACUACAGGACGCUCCGAGGACUCAUGUGUCUAAUAGAGAGAGAGUGGAUCUCAUUCGGACACAAAUUCUCCCACAGAUGCAACCACCUGGUUGGAGACCCGAAGGAGGCGUCUCCUAUCGUCACCCAGUUCCUGGAGUGUGUGUGGCAGCUGAUGGAGCAGUUGCCCUGUGCGUUUGAGUUCACUGAGAAAUUCCUCGUCGCCAUUCACAAUCACAUUUACUCCUGUCAGUACGGCAACUUCAUCGGCAACAACCAGCGGGAGAGGAUUGAGCUGAAGGUGCGUGAGAGGACUCACUCUCUGUGGAGUUUUCUGUGGACCAACCGCUCAAAAUUCAUCAAUCCUCUGUACAGACCAGACCACAGCCAGGCCCAGGGGCUCCUCCGACCAUCUACUGCCCCCUACUGUUUCAAAUUUUGGAGAGGCCUGUACAACCGCUUUGACCGAGGAAUGCAUCCACGUCAGUCUGUGGAGGAUUAUCUUCUGGCCAUUCAAGAGGAGACGCAACAACUGGAGGAGCAGGUUUCCUCACACAAACAAAAAAUUGAACAAUUGGAGCAACAGCAGGAGUGGGCAGUGGUACAGAGGGGCUCCCCUGAUCAUGAAAGUUCCACAGAGUGGGGGCUCGGUGACGACCUCUCUGUGGUCAACACUCCUCAGGAUUACACUGAGCACUUCCUGACCGGCAGCCCCUGUCGGCAGAAACCACCAGACAGCAGCCUGGUCUUCUCGUCCAAAGACGUAAACCUAAAGUCCAAAACCACCCUGUCCACCAGCAGUGACCAGGAGUCAGGGAUCGCUGACCUGAGCUGUCGCUCACCUCUCAGUGAGGACAGCACCAGGGACCCAGACUCAGACGAAGCUGCCUAAAUCUGCUGCCUGAGCAAAUGUAGCAGGACCCACAGUGUUGUCAGUAGCACAGAGGAAACAUCAUCCCAUCAUGAUGGAGAGGAGACGGACAUGUGAUGUUUGAAUGUACAAAUUUACUCUUGUGUCUUCAGAGGUCCUAAAAUUAACAUAUUUGUUAUGCAGCCGGCUGUUAUGGUUAAAAGGGAAGAGCAAUUCUGGGAUGGAAUUUUUACAUUUUAUAUUUUUGUUUUAAUGACUUAAGAACAAUUUUGGAAAAAAGGGAUGAUCUUCUCCAAGGUUUAUCUCAAUUAAAAGGUGUAUUCAGAGAAACACGGCCUGGUGAAACUUACAGCGCUUUAAGGAAACAGAAUGUGUUUAAUAGGAUAUGAGUGAAAAUCAAAAAUCCAUCUAGUAAUCAGAGCUGAACCACUGGUUCAUAAAAGUCCAUGAAGAAAUAUGGAAGUUGUCAUUUGAAAUUCUAUUAUAGUUUUGAUGAAGACCUACAGGUCCCCUUCAAUAAAUAAAAAGUAUAGUUAUAUAAAUAGAGAUGAGGAAGGUUUCCACCCACAGGCAGUUUGGUUCAAUAAUUUCAUUCAGUAAUAAUCCAGUUUAUCCUGCAUAAACCAGUGGUUAGCUUGGACUGACUGACUGAACUUUAGGUCAACAUCUACGUAUUGUUUUUCUGUGUUAAUGUAGUGCAGUGUUACAGAGAGAAACCACCUGUUUACAGUAGACAACGCAACUUAAUACACACCUGUUUAUGUAGAUGUAAUGUUGACUUUUAACUUGAAUUAUGUAUUGAGUCAGCACACAGUGGUAAAAUUGUUGUCAUAGACUCACGCAAUAAAAACAUGAACAUAUCAUGCAAGGCA